UGUGGCUCGAUAAUUCGUGUGCAACUGGGUUUUAUACGAUUGCCUUCUACCGUUUUGUGCAGACGCCGAUCGAUAUGUCGCACAAUUCUCUGGGAUCGGGGGAAUUUUGUCCUGUCCUCUGAACCACCUUGUGUAUGUACUGACAGCUCGGCGUUUUAAUGUAAAUAGGGCGUUCAUUUUGUUUUAUUUAUCGGCUGGUGUGCAGUUCCUUUGAAUCAUAACAACAUUUCUUUGUCACUUGUUGUGUUGCAACAGCAUCGGAAUAAUCAACAUGUCCUUGCCGGAUUACGAUAAAAUUAGAGUCGUUGGCAAAGGGAGUUACGGUGAAGUGUGGCUUGUGAAACACAAAAAGGACAGAAAACAGUAUGUUUUGAAAAAGAUGGAUUUACAAAAUGCCUCAAAGCGUGAGAGAAAAGCAGCCGAAUUAGAAGCUAAACUUUUAUCCAAACUGAGACACCCUAAUAUAGUGAGUUACAAAGACUCGUUUGAGACUGAGCAGGGAUUUCUGUUUAUUGCUAUGGGAUUUUGUGAUGGAGGUGAUCUCUAUACGCGGUUAAAGGAACAGAAAGGGAAAGCACUGGAUGAAAAGCAAAUAGUGGAAUGGUUUGUACAGAUUGCAAUGGCGUUACAGUAUAUGCAUGAAAGGAAUAUACUUCAUAGAGAUUUAAAAACACAGAAUAUUUUUCUGACGAAGAGCAAGAUAAUCAAGGUUGGAGAUUUAGGAAUAGCCCGAGUACUAGACGGACACAAUGACAUGGCCACAACUCUCAUAGGCACUCCGUAUUAUAUGAGUCCUGAACUUUUUUCCAAUAAACCCUACAAUCAUAAGUCUGAUGUCUGGGCAUUAGGAUGCUGCGUAUACGAGAUGUCAACAUUAAAACAUGCGUUCAACGCCAGAGAUAUGAAUUCCUUAGUUUACAAAAUACUCAGAGGAAAGAUGCCUCUUAUGCCAAGGAUGUACAGUCUGGAUCUGACAGAUCUUAUCAAAGCAAUGUUAAACCAAAGUCCGGAGAAAAGACCCAGCGUGUCCAGAAUACUUCGCAACCCAUUUAUCAAAAAACACAUUGCACUGUUUUUAGAAGGGACAAGGCAAAGGCGACCGAGUUCCUCAAGCUCGGAAAAGAGGCCGUAUUCGGGAAGUGGAGACAGGCAACGACCAUCGUCUGCCCGUUCUGAUGUCUAUGAAUUGCCUGUAGAACAGAAAAUAGAAGUUACGAAACCAUCGGAACCAGGGGAUGAAAAGCUUGACCUCUCACCUGACCUGGAGGCUAUUCCUGAAGUUUCAAAUACAAAGGAAAGGGAGGCCUGCAAGACCGAUAGUCCUAAAAACACUUCUAAGGAACAACAGGUGAAAGUGGAGCAACCGUCCAAAGUCUCCAAAGAACCUUCAAAAGAAGUCAGGUCCAAAUCAUCGCAACCCAGAAUAUCCCAACCCAGGGCCAAGACUGAUCAACCAAGCAGACCCGCUGUUGAAGCUAAAAAGGGGUCUAAAGAAGUAGCGAGAAGGAAGAUCAAAUCAGCCAGAGAGGGCUCCGGAUCAUCUGGUUCAUCAGGAAGCGCAAUACCAAUUGAACGGCCGAGAGCCAAUAAAGCCCGCCCCUUGCCACCUCCUCCAUCGGAAUCCAAAGGUCAAGGUCCAACGCAGAGUUCAUCUUCGUCAGCAGCCAAGACCCGACCUACCUCAGCUUCAAACAAAAACAGAGGCACGUCUUCCAAUUCAAGCUCAGUAUCAAGUUCUAAAGACAAUUCCCAUACCUCAGCACAACAGUUGAGGAAGUCCUGUAACUCUUCUGCUCGGGAAAGAAGAAGACUGAGAGAAUCUCAGGAAAGAGGCGGAACACCGCGAGGCUUACCAGCUGUAGUUGAAAGACGUAGAGCCUCUGAAACGUGUAGUUCCACGGAUACUAUUGAUGGUGUUACUCCCAAGUCUACAAAAGAACCUCUCUCUAGAGCCAAGUCUAAUCCAGAACCAAGCUCAACCAAGAAAAAAGUAAAUAUUGUAGAAAGUAAACCUGAAAAAGAAGAUUCACAAGAAGGUAGUGUAACCAAUGGCGACAAGGAUUCGGAUGAUUCUAGCAGCAACCAGUCGAGGAAACAAUCAGAGACAUCACAACAAGGAGAAAGUUCAUCGUCAACUGAGGAAUUAGAGGAGGAGUCCACUACAGGAAACAAAAAGGAGGAGAAAGAAAUGAAGAGGUUUUCUAAAAUGCUUGAAACGACGCUAAAGAUGGAGGAUAUGCAAACCCUUGAAGAUUUAUCAGAUAAGGACUCACCAGAUGGAACACUGAUAACACCAAUUGAUGUGGCGCCUACGCCUGAGGUCGCUGUGACACCCCCUGAAUACAUGCCUCCUCCUGCUCCGGUGGCAAAAGUUAAUAACCUUAAGAAUGGUGAGGACUAUCUUGAAAUAGAGGCCGCAGCUCCCAGAGCUCCAAAAGGGGUUGGUAAUUUAACACUGACCACCUGUGGAAGAUUAAUGGAUAGAAUCGGACUUCUGAGGAAAGAUAUACUCAAGGGAAUCGGUGUGGAAAUGUUACAAAGGGCGUACGAGAUCCUGGAAGACGUGGAUGGCGAAGAAGUUGAGCCUCGACUUGUGGAUUUGAUGGGUAAGGAGAAAUUUGAUGUAUACGCCGGCAAAAUAUGGCAGUUGAAGUUCUGUGAAGAAACGGUAUUUGGUUGAAAUCCAGAAGUUGCCAAACUGCUUAGUCCACGAUAUAUGCAGUAAUCACAGCAAUGUCCAAAUGCUUGUCAUUUAUUCAAUAUUCACAUUCAUGAUUCUAAUUUCUAAGUAAUAUACAACAGGUCACAGAUGAAUGAAGGGAAUGAUGAUUAUAACGUAUGUGUAUAUUUUGUUAAUUGUUUUUUAAUUAAAAGUUUUAAAUAAGAGUAUGUAUUUCAAACCAUUGAAUGUAUAUAUACCAGGUAUAUGAUAUAUAUAUGUAUGUAUAUCUGUUGAUAUUAAAGCGAAUGCUAAGUCUUUUUUAAAUCCAUAAUUACGGCGUGAAUUUACAAAAGUGCCAUCCAGUGCAUUACUUUUAGGUUUUCACAUUUAUUCUAUGUUUCAAUAUUAUUAUCAUUAUUAGGAAUUAUUACUUGUAGUGAAAAAAAAACUUCCAUUAUCACCUUAUCCGCACCCCUUCCCUCCUGAGACGCGAGUAUACCGUGCAUAUAAAUUACAAGCAAUCACUUUCUGAGUCUGACAGAUGGGAAAAUCAUAAUCUGAUUUCCAUGGUGAUUGGUUGCCUAGGUACGUGUGCAAGUUACAGCAGUCUAACACGUUGGCAAAUAGAUCACCACAAUUGUAACUUCAAUGGCGGUGUUUUUUGUUGUCAGGGUGUUAAUGACGACUGACCUUGAAAUUAUUAUAUUAUGACAAAUAUCAAAAAUAAAUAAUGAUUAUGUAUGUACUUUAUGAUGAAUAUCUCUUCUACAGUUUCCAUGAACACAUAUUAUUAUAAUUAUAAUUUAGUAUUCAAUUGGUAAUAACCCGACUGUGAAAACUAUGGCUUCCCUCAAAUUUGGACUAAUGUUCUAUUAUCACUUUUAAAGUCUUGUAUGUUAUAUUAAACAUGAAAGAUGUAUAAUAAUGUGUUUAUACAGUGGGUCAGUCAGUGGGGCAGUGGGUCACAACACUUCACUCACACUAUAUCUCUUCAAUCAGUAUUACUAGGCCAACA